AUGAGAAAUUAAUUAUUGCAUUGGAAUAGGGCUCGCUUCGCAGUAAACAAUAAUCCGAAUCCUUUCAAGCCAAAGCAGGUCAUUUAAGAGCACUGGUUUAAGGAAGCCACAGAUAGAUUUAAAAAGAUAUAUCAUAAUGAUGGCCAAAAUGCAAAAAACAGUCAUGCUAAUAAGACAGCAAAUAAGACACAAGUUAGUGAGUUGAAGACAAGGAUGACUAAGUUUGUUCCAAUGUAUAUGAUGGAUAAGAAUAAUCUGUAAAUCAUUAAUUUGAAAUUGAGAACUGCAAGGGAAAGGGCUCAAGAAGCAGCAAGAAAACAGAACAAUCUUAAUGAAUAAUCUAAGAUAAACAAUAUGCAUAGCCAAACUAAAGCAUAAGAUCAAGAAAUGAAAAUUGAAUUUUAAGAACCAGAAAAUUUAGAGCAGGAAUAGCCAAACCUCUCAGCUAAACAAAGGCUACAGGAAAUAUUAAGAGGGAAAUUAAGACAAUUUUAAUAAGAUUUGAACUAAAGCUUGAGUAAAAAUGAUCAAUAAUAAAGCUAGACUUACUAUGAAAGAGAUAAUUAUUAGUACAAGAAUCUAAACAAAAAUUACCAAAGUAAAUAACCACAUUUAGAGUCAUUUGAGGAAUCAAGAUUAUAGAUUGCUAAGGAUUACUUGAAUAAUACAAUCUAAAAAGUUAAGAUUACUGCUAAUAUCAUAGUUCACAAGAUCAAGACUAAAGCAUUGGAAGUUUGGGACUACAUUGAUGAUAAGGUUUUAAAGCAUUUUAAGACUAAGGAGAGUUUCAAAUCUCUUGUAGUAACAAUAAAGGAGAAAAUAAAAUCAUUUUUUAUGAUAAGAAGUGAGUAGCCGCACUAAUAAUCAGCUACUCCUACUAUAUAUAGUAGGACGGCUGAGGCAUUAAAGUAAUAUGGUAUUGAUGUAAAUGAAUUGAAAGUGAGUGCUAAGAAGUAAUUCAAUGAUAUGGUACUGCUUGGCUUUUUUAAUCCUAAUAAAUAUAUUAUGAGGGAGGAUGUAACAAGUACAUCUCUGAAGGAGGCAACAAGGUUUGAAAUCAUUCUUAGAGAUUUAAGAGAAUGGAAAACCAUCAAGAUAAUAUAAGCCUAUGAAGUGAUAACCUCGCCUUAAACAAAAGAAAAGAUCUAGAGAGUGAAGAAUAUCUUUUAUAAUGGUAAGAAUGAUCUUUAAUAAGGACUGGUAAAAUAUAAGAAAAUUUCUUUUUGGUGGUAAACUGAUAGUAACUCUUGGUUUGCUAAUAGCAGGCUAAAAAAAAUUUGGAAUUUUAGAAGAGCUUAGAAGUAAGGGGUGACAGAUUUCUAUCUAAGAACGAUCAUGCUUGUUGGAGGUUUCACUAUACUAUUUGGAGUUUGGAGAGGUCGAAAGAAGGGCAAAAAGUCUUAAACUCACAAAGAAUAGUCUAAUUAGUUGAAAAUGGAGGAAUUAGCAUUAGAAAUGGAAAAACUUAAGUUAUUAAUAGAGUUAGACAGACUAGAGGGAUUAGAGUAAUUAGAAAAGGAAUAAUCUAAAUUGCAAUAAUAGAGUAAAAAGUGA